AUGGAUCGAACAAGCAUGGUGCAUGUGAUAGCGCUGCUGCUAAGCGCGUUCGUGCUGGCGACUUCCGGCCAGGAGGUAUGUCCUGAACCGUGCAGCUGCGACUGCGAGGAUAAUAUGGCCUGUGUCGACUGUUCUGGGCGUGGUCUGACCGAACUGCCUGUCUUCGUGGACGUCAAUAUCGAAAUUCUCGACCUCUCCGACAAUCUAUUUACGGAGAUCCCGCGCGAGCUGGCCAAGUUUCCCCAGCUGCAUUAUCUCGAUAUGUCGUCGAACGCAAUCAGCCAGCUCCCCGAAGACGCGCUCGUUGGUAUGAGCGCGCUCUCGAUCCUGAUCCUGUCCGAGAACAAUAUUACCAACUGGGCGGAUAUACACCCGAAUCGGUUACUUCAACCGGCGGGUAAUUUGCGUGAAAUGCGCCUCGCUCGGAACCACUUUACGAGCCUGUCUAGCAACGACGAGAGCCUCGUGCUGACGAGCCUUUCGCUGCGUUACCUCGACUUGAGUGAGUGCAAGAUAUCGAAGGUGUCUGGCAACGAAGUCAUCCAGGGUCUACGUGCUCUCCAGCACCUCAAGCUGAGCGGUAACCCGAUCAUGUCCGUCUCGGAUCUGCAGUCAGCCUCACUGAAACGGCUCGAGCUCGACAGUUGCAAGCUGUCCACUCUGCAACCGACCAUCUUCAGUGGUUUAACAGCCCUUCGAGAGCUGAAUCUGGCGCUUAAUCAUCGCCUAGUGCUGGUGCAACCGAGCAACAACACGCCCGUUCAGUCGGCGUCCCUGCGUAAGAUUAACCUGGCGCAUUGUAACAUGGACGCGCUUGAACUGCACGGCUUUCCGAACCUCGUCACGGCGAUUGUGCGCCGUAAUAUGGUGCGUCAGCUCGACCGGAACACUUUCUCCGGCACACCACUGCUCGAACAUCUCGAUCUAUCGUCGAACUCGAUCAGCAGCAUCCACCCGGAGGCACUUCGCGCACUAAAGCACCUGAAAACGCUAGACCUCUCGUUCAACGCGAUCUCACGCCUGGAUACGAAGCUGUUCAGUGCCAACGACUUGUUGACGCACAUCAACCUUAGCCGGAACAGCAUCAGCCGGUUCGGUCGUAUCGUGGCUGCUUCGCUCAUCCACCUCAACGUAAGCUGGUGCGAGAUCCUUACCAUCGACUGGGAUGCUCUGAAGGCGAUGGACGAACUGGUCGAGCUGGAUCUCUCCAACAAUCUACUGUCCGACAUACCGGAUGGGCUGAUGUCGAACUCGCUGCAGACGCUCGAUCUUAGCAUGUGUCGGCUGACGUCUAUGCGCAACACCACGCUGACGGACUUGCCGGAGCUGGUGCGAAUCAACCUUUCCGGGAACCGGUUCACUACGCCGUUCCGGGUGGAUUUCUUUGACCAGAAUAAGUUCCUUAGUGAGUUCUGGCUCGGAGAUAACCCGUGGCGAUGUGACUGCCAGAGCGAUGAGUUCUUCAAGUUCUUUCAAUUCCUCACCGAUCCACCGAGACAGGUCGGCGAUCGAAAGAAUCUGCAGUGCAACACACCUGAGGACUUCUACGGAGCGUCAUGGGAAGCAGCCUGCCGAUCUGUGUGGUAUCCCAACGAAUCAAUCGGCAACGCGGAACGCAUCUGGACCUGGCUCAUGGUCGGUGUGCUCGGCUUUUUCGGCGUGUUCUGUCUCAUCUCGUCCAUCAAAAAGUUCAUCUCUUCGCGUAAGAAGCUUGCGGCUGAACGAGAGCAAGAGCAGAACCUGCAGGAAAUGCGCGAAAUCGCGCGGGAAAACCGAGUACGAAUGCAGCAGGAUGCGCCUCAGAACGCACCCAACGCGCGUGAAUCCCGCCCACCGUGCUACGAGGAUGCGAUCCUUCUACCCAAGCUGGAUGCAGCUUCUUUCGCCUCACUCGACGAGAUAAUGAUGGGUGGAAAGCGUAAAAAGCGUCGCCGGAACCGUCGAUCCUCGGGAUCUGAUGCCAAGGACGACGAUGAGGACCAACAAAUCCAAAUGCGCCAGCGUGCGAGAACCCGCAGCGAGGAUGUCCUGUCGCGUCGACUCGACGAAGUAGACACUCCGGAUGUGCGAUCAAUCUAUGAGCGGCCGAUCUCGAAUCGGGUCGUCUCAAGCACGGAAGUGAUGGUACACAGUGAAUCCGCACUGGAGGCAAGAGAUCGUGCCGAGGAUGAAGAACUGCACUACCAUUCGAUCGACAUACUCAAUCUCCAGCAUCAGCCCUCGGUUAGAUCGAGUAAUCGUCCGUCUGUCUCAUCCGCGACACCUGCUCCUCCACCACGCAGACCAGGAUCAGGCCUACAGCCCCCUGAGAUCAACUUAAUAGACAACUUCACCGCCAUCAGUCACAGUCCGUACGCAAGACGAAAGGUAAAACCGUUGCAGCAUUUGAACCCGAAUGGCAGUAUCGAGGAGAUCACCGAUUUCGCUGAUCGACAGACGAGUCCUUACGCCAAGCGGCGGGCCCCGCUACUGUCGUCCUUCCGCGAUCCCACGAUGCGAUUACCUCCCGUGCCCGAUCAGUCGCCACCGCCAGUUCCGACUCCCAAAGGUUCCUCAAGAGCUUCCUCCGGGAUUGUUCUGGUAGAAAACUACUUCGACCCUGCAGAUCAGCAACGACUGAUCGACGAGCUGGAGGACUACGCCGUCAUUCCUAUGCAGACUCACGUGAGUGUGUCUGAACCACAACCUUCCACCUCGGGCAGCUCGAGGCCGACGGUGGCGCUGCUGCAAAAGAAUGUGCUUGCGGAAAACCGACGGACGGGUGGGAGCGAUUCCAGCGAAAGCAGCAGCGUAAGCAUCGAGAUCAUCACACCACCGGAUCAGCGCAAGUAAACGGUCUGAGGACUUUUCGAAUUUAGCACA